GUGUCAGCUCCUUGAAAAACUACCAACUCCCUGAUGAAUGCCCUUCUGUUUCGAAGAACAAGCCUUUCAUGGAAUGCUUAGAGCUUAUCGCUGAUGAAAAUGCGAUGACCGCCGAAAAUAUGAUUGCAACCAGUGGAGGGACGGAGGACUUUAGUCCUGAUAUGAUGAAGAAGUAGACACUUUAUUACCCAUCACCUUUGACCUUUCAAAGACGCAGCACACCUAUCCUACUGCACUUCUAUGUGGCGACACCAAAGCAUACAUUCAUAUAAGAAUUGAGAUUUCAGACAACCUACUUAACCCAAUACAGUGUCUUCUCUUCCGUAUUGCUUUAUCUCUCUAUAUUGAGCUAUUUCUCUCAGUCAUGGCGGCACCGUGGAUGCAAAGACCUUCAGCUUUGUUAUAGGUGUUGUUGUUUGUGGGUUUGUGUUGUUUUUGACGGUAGCUAUUGGGUCGGAAGAAGAAUUGAAAUCUAAGAUGUGAAGGAAUUUAACAGAAGUCAGAGCGAAAAAGAAGAAGAACGAAUCAGGGACAAUGUCUAUCCAGUGUUCUUAGAGGUUGUGAGAGCAGAGAGACAAAUGGUGUCAGGGAUCAAUUACUAUUUAAAAAUCGAAGCUUUAGAAGAGGGAGACUGGGAGAGACGAAGAAGGGUAUGAAUGUUUUGGGCGCCAAAUGCAACCCUCCGCUCGUGUUUUGCUCUCACACGAACCCGGGGACGCGUGGCGCAACCAGCCGAUGUGAGGACAGUGUGAGGCGCCCCGUUGUGAGAAGCAGAUCCGGACUCCCUUCCCAUUCAUCGACCAUCGUCACUUAUUCCUUCUUACGAUAUUAAUUGUGCUGCUAAAGAAGAAGACAGUCAAGCGGAGAAAAGGAAAGAUGGCGUGCGGAUCAUCGUCAGUGCGAGCGCUGCAUCUCUUCCGAUCUUCUUUCCCGCCAAAUUCACCCGUCAGUUGUUCUACCCCCCACUGCAACCCUCUAUUCUUCACGUCUAGUCCUUCGUCAGCUGUAGCCCUCAAAAGCAGCAGCGGCAGAGCCAAGAGAGUGCUGACAGAGAAGAGAGGGUUAUUGUUGCUGGUUUGUGCGUCGAGUGAAGGUUUGGAAGUUGAGGAAAGCAACCCAGAAGAGAUCAUCUCUGGAGAAUGGCCCGACAAUUUCGCCCUUCUCAAUUACGACGACUUGAGAGCUUACCUCGAGCCAGAGAUCUUCAAGGAAAAGAUGGACCCUUCUGCAUUGUUGGGGGAAGUGAUGUCCACCACAAUUCGGACCACGACCGUUGAUCAGACGUUAGAGGAGAUCAAUCAUCACUUUGAGAUUGUAUCGGGGCUUCCUGUCAUCGACGAUCAGUUCCAGUGCAUCGGUGUGAUAUCCAAGAAGGACAAACAGAGAGCUUCACAUGGGCUAAAGUCAAAGGUGGGAGAAGUCAUGUCAUCUCCUGCCAUCACUCUAUCACCUGAAAAGACAGUUUUGGAUGCAGCAGCUUCAAUGCUCAAGGAGAAGAUCCACAGGAUCCCCAUUGUGAAUCAGGAAGGGCAGGUCGUUGAACUGGACUCGACUUGCUUUUCCUUUUGGAUGCUGGACAGGCAUAGUCACCCGCACCGACAUUUUCAAAGCCUUGGAGGACCUACCAUCUUAAGCUCUGUCACUCAAGUUUUCAAUAUGCGUUUGUGCCUUUGCGGUUAUGGACUUAAGGUCUUGUAAAGCAUGGGGAACUAGAGUAUUUAGUGGGAAGCUGGGAUAAUGUAUAAGAACACUCUGCUUCCUGAAAUGUGGGAGAAACUUAUCUCUUAUGAUUUUAAUAGUUUCAAGCAAAGAAAAAGAAUAAAACUGCUGCACUAGCUCUAAACCAUGUACAAAUUGCUCUUUUAUGUUUCUUGCUUAGGCAGUUAGUUUACAUCAAAUGACCCAGAGAGAUUUUACUUGGGCAA